UCUGCCGCAGAACGGAUGUAGAGGCGGAUGUGGACAUCCGCAAAAAGUGUACAAUUCUUGGGAUUUGCCAAUGCCCCAGAAACAUGAGCAAGAAGAGCAAUGUGUGGCAGUUCUUCUACAAGGCCUCCGACACGGUGGCCACCUGCUGUCUCUGCAACAGAAACUACUCGAGGAAGGGACGCGGCACCACCUGCCUGCGGAACCAUCUGAAGAGCAAGCACCCAGGAGAGUUCCUAACUCUUUCCGAAGACAUAAAGUACUUGGACCUGGUGAAGAGGGAGAUCUCCAACAGCUCGCCCCAGCAUCCCACGGCACAGUUGGAACUAAACUUGCACGAAACAGAUCCAGAUCCUCUGGACACUGAAGGUGUUUCCUGCGUGGCCCGCUGUGAUGAAAAGUUGGCCCUGAUGCUUCUAAACCACUCCUUUGGUGUUAUCGAAGAACCCGGGUUCGUAAAUUUUGUGAGGGUGCUGCAGCCGAGGUAUGUGAUCCACUCAAGGAGCUACUAUGAGAAUAUACUGUGUAAGGAUAUACACAGGAAAAUGCAAGAGCACAUACAGCAGCAGAUGGAUCAGCUGGAUGUCAUCUCUUUGUCCACCAGUCUUUGGCGUGGUGACAAAGGUGGAGGACUGCUGAGCCUGUCUUGCUCUGGAAUAUCAAUGGAUUUUCAGUUUCACCGCCAUGUAUUGAAGUGUGAGGCCUUAAAUUACGAAAGGACUUCUAAGGUGGCCUGUUGCAUUCGGGAUAUUCUGAUACCCAGCCUGACGAUGGAGGUUCCCAAAGAGAAGACCCACUGCAUCAUCAGGGACGAGAUGACGGCUCUGCCAGGAUCACUGCCCGAUUGCAGUGUAAAUCGUCUGCAAAUGUGCGUGAGAUUUGCCUUACAGUCGAACGAGUUGCUUCAGAAUCUGGCAUCGAAGUGCAAGCAAAUAGUUGACCAUUUUGCCUCUUGUAAGAUGGCCCAAGAUCAUCUGAAAUUCAUUCAAGAGAUUCGCCUUACAAGGGAUCCGUGUGCACUCGUACCUCAGGUUCCUUUUAAAUGGAAUUCCACCUUCCAGAUGAUGGCCAGCGUGUUCAGGAUGAAAGAUGCCAUUUCGCUGUACUGCGAGGAGUAUAGUUUGGUUCAAAUAUAUCCAGAUGAAUGGAUAGACAUUGACUUGUGCAACAAAGUGAUGCAGCCUUGUGAGGAAAUCAUCAGGAUCUGGAGCAAUCCAUCAACGACAACAUCAUCGGUAAUUCCACUAGUGGCCGCUUUGCGAGAUUCCCUUCGAACAGAUGUCCACAAUUUUGUGUCCUCCGUGACCAUUUGCAGUUUCGCCAGAAAGCUGCUUGAAGAGCUGGAAAUGAAGUUCUCACAUGUCACCAGCGAUAUCAAAUUUUUGAUGGCCACCUAUUUGGAUCCAAGAUACAAGCAAGCCUUCUUUACCGAGCGAGAGGAGCAGUUGGUGGCCAAUGAAGUUUUGCAGCUGCUUACCAGAGCGCAAGAAGAUCGCCAUGGGCAGCCGCCUAUGAAAACAUCGAAAGUAACAUCGUCUAAAAAUGAUUCAAAGAUUGACAGCAUACUUGACAAUAUGCUGACAACUGGUUGCACAAAUACCCAGCUGGCAACAACAUCGUUCGGCUCCCAGUCGCAGAUAAAAAAUCUACUAUAUCUAUACAACUCUGAGCCUCGAAUAGAUAGAAACAUGGAUCCCUUGAUGUGGUGGAGGACAAACAUCAAAUACAGUUCCAUGUAUGCCAUUGUUAGAAAAUUUCUAUCAGCCCCAGCCGCAAGUGUGGCUAGUAAAAGCUUGUUUAGGCAAUCUGCACACUUGUAUGGCGAUAUUCAAGCGGGAUUGAGCUCCGAAAAUGCAUCCAAAAUAUUGUUCAUAAAGUCUAACUUUAGAUAUUCGGACAGCAGUGAGUAAAGUAAAUGAUAAAGGGUAUACACUUUAAAUACUUUAUGUACAUAUGUAUGUUAAGCUUUAAACUUAAAACUACUUGAUCGCCCGGAUAGUUUUGCUUUGCCCUUAGCCGAAUGGGUCCGAUCGGGUCCUAGCCCCUGUAAUCGGGAUCAUUGUGUUCCUCUUCGUCUUCCUCCUCCUCUUCUUCCUCAUCUAAAUUAUAAAUACAUUUUUAGUUUUGUUGAUGUAAUAAUGAUGUAGUAAUAAAAACUAUGCAAAUUACCAUGA